CUGUAGCAUUGAGUUAGUAACAUCUAAAUUUAGAUAAAACGGAAAUUGUCCUGUAGUAUGAUCUGCAAAUAUAAAUGUUUACUUGCAAUUGCCUAUAGAAUAUUUUAAACAGCUUUUCAUAAGAAAUGCAUUUUUUUUAUCCUUCAAUUAAAAGUAGGCUAUAAUAUAAGAUAUGACAGACCUUGGCAGACCCUGACCCUCACUGCAAAUAUUCCUCAUAAAACUUUUUUUUUUUCAAACAACAUGUGAUUUAUUUUGUUUUACGGAUAAGGAACGAUGAAUCAGUUGAAGUAGGCAUUAUUUUCUGUUUAUUUUCUGCUAUAAGACACGGAACGAUUUAACGUGAACAAAAUGGUUGUGUGCUUGGUGUUUGCGUGGCUGCAUGUGCGCAUGCGCACCACACCUCGGCGCGCAGAGCGGGGAGCAGGUAUUGAGGUUAGUGAGUGAAUGAGUGACAGGCUGGAGCUCAGAUCUGUCUGAUCAUCGAUCAUAUUAGUGUACCAAGGUGUUCCGCGCUCUUGCAGUUCAAUCUAGACUGUCAGACGAAGCAAACAGACGGUGUGGCCAUUACCUGAACUGAGUGUUGUCGCGGCAUCCUAAAGCUGGGUUUUGAAUGAACAUUAGGUGACAUUAGUUGUCAGCUCAGUAUCAGAGAGCUGUCCGUAUUUGGACCUGCAUCCCGGUUCCGGACGCGCGGCUGCACAUUCACAGCCGAGAGGAAUGUCACGCACGUGAAGUUAUGGAUUGCAAAAAGACUCUGAUUACUUUCAGAAACCAUUUUGUGGAGAUUUGAUAGGGGAUUUUUUUUUUUUUUUUAUUUAAAAACCAUUUUUUUCCCGAAACUGUGUGCCUUGGGAACGCGCCCGGGGGAUUUAUUUAAUCUUGAAACCGUAAUUUCAGAAUCAAUCCUAUAAUAAUGUUCCAGCACAAAAAGUGUUUCACGAUUGAAUCUCUGGUCGGAAAAGACUCAAACUCCUCCAGCGCUGGAGAUGAACCGAUUCGGCCCACGGCUCUGCGCUACACCGAGUCUGUGCAUCCGGCUCCGUUCGGCAGCUGCUUUCAGAACUCGGCUCGGACGCUGUACGGGAACGUUAACGCGGACAUGAUGUUCCCGGACCCGGGUUCCCACUCAGCCAACUCUGCGCUCGCGCUGCGGCACCUGCCCAUUCCCACCCAGCCGUUCUUCACUCCACACCAGCGGGACAGCCUGCACUUCUACCCCUGGGUGCUCAGAAACCGGUACCUUGGACACCGCUUUCAAGGUGAGGACAGUAGCCCGGAAAAUCUGCUGCUGCAUGGACCAUUCUCGCGCAAGCCCAAGCGCAUCCGCACGGCCUUCUCCCCCUCACAGCUGCUGCGACUGGAGCGUGCUUUUGAGAAAAACCACUACGUAGUGGGUGCAGAGCGCAAGCAGCUGGCCAACGGCCUCUGCCUUACUGAGACCCAGGUAAAGGUAUGGUUUCAGAACCGGAGAACCAAGCACAAGAGGCAGAAACUGGAAGAGGAAUCACCUGAGCUGCAGCAGAAGAGAAAGGGAAACCAACACGUGAACCGCUGGAGAGUAGCUACUCAGCAGGGCAGCCAGGACGACAUAGACGUCAUCUCUGAGGACUAAUGUCAUGAAUGCACGUAUAAUAACACUCUGCAUCGCAGUCAUAAUUAGAGGGAAAAUACAGAGAAGAAAUAAUAAACAAACUAAGUGAAUACCAGUCGAGUUUCAGACCUAGUCAUGAAUCGUCUUGGCUGUUAAAACUAAGGAACAGAAAUCUGUGCUGUCAGCUGAAAAAUUAUGUGUGAGCGGGCACAGCGAGGAUGCCUCAGCUCGAACUGCUCCAAAAGAUUUGAUUCCAAGACUUUUCGUAUGCAAUACAAACAGACCUCUACAGUUUGGGACUCCAUCACAGAGCAUCAAAGAGCGUCUAGUUUUUAACUCCCUCACCCCUCUGCUGUCCACUUGAACAUUUCCAUCUCAAUGUAUUAUGUUCGCUCUGGUUAAGACAACAUUCUGAUGGAUGGAUUGUUUGUUUUGUACUGUUGAAUUGUCAAACCGUUCAACCGCAUGGUUUAAUUCUCUACCGAAGUCAAACUCUCAGCCUUAGAUGUACCUUGAGAUAUUUUGUGGAUUUCUGUGUUAUGCAAUGUUUAAUUUUUUUUAUUUUGUUUUUUUACCCUCAGCAAUGAGCAGCAGGUUUUUAAUGAACAUAUGGCAUUGACGCAGAUCUGACAGAUUUCACAUUCUCCUGUUAUGUGCAUUAGGGCAAUUGGCCACUUAAAAUAUUUUAUUUGUUCAGAAUGAGCAAACUUUUCUAUGCAUUUGAGUGCCAAGUUUCACUGACAUCAGGGUUUAAGCAAGAAACCUAAUUUGUUGUUAAAUGUCUUACUAUGUAAAAUACUUUGGGGAUUUGUUUAUUUUUUUUCUUCUUUUCAUUAUGACUCAAAUUUUAAAAGUGAAACAUCAACAGAAAGAAUCUAAUUAACUAACUGAGAAAAAAAUCAUUUACUUCAUAUUGAAAAUGAGAGCAUUUGUAGUGUAUCAUUUAAGGUCCAGGAACAGUUUGUAGCACUUCAUGACAGAUUUUUGGUUUAAUGAGGACAAGAGAUUGCACUGUAACCGUACCAGUUCAUUUUUAUCUGUUGUCUUGAAAUUCUUGUUUUGUACUUGUUUCCUGUUUCCUGCAGAUGAUUAGAUAAUAAAAAAAAACCAUUGAUCUGACUAAGGAAUUAUUCAUCACUUUUCCAUAACUGGUACAGGUAGUAAAUUGUUAUAAUUAUUUAAGAAUAGUUUAUUUUUUAUUUUUUAUUUUUUAUUUUUUUUGCAAUAAUCAUCAUUAAAAAAGAUUAUUUAGAUUUUUCCCCCUGUUUUUUUUCCAGAUCAUUUUCAUUAAACUUACUCAUUUAAAGAUACAGACAGUUGUUUACCUUACGUAUUAAGUAUAAUUAUUGGGCUUAAACAGAAAAAGCAUAGUCAAAUCAAACCCAAACAAUCACAUACAUAUUUAUAUAUACAAGAAUGUACAUAAUGAUAAGUGCAGAUUUACUUUUGUUUUCUUUUGGAUUUAUAUUGACUUAGCCAUGUUGAAAUUGUAGUGAUUUCCUUGCCUGCCCAUUAAAGCUGUCCUCAUUAAAUCUGUCCUCCAAGUAGGGCCUAAUUAUUUUCAUCUGUUGUGUGAUUCUCACCUCCGAUCAAUCUUUUCCAUAUCUGGGUGUGUUUGCAAGGUUGGAAAACAGAUGAGAUCCAGCUCUCAUGAGUUAAAGGCUCUGGGCUUCAAAUUCUACCAGCUGCAAGAUUAAUCUCUGUCACCUUUAUGCAUUGUGAUUUACACCUGUUAAUUCUUCAGGCCUGGAGCAACUGGGACAUGUGAGAUCGGCAUCUUUCUCACCACCUUUUCACAAUAGACAGCCUCAUUAUCCUCGUAUAUGCAUAUAAACUGUGAAAGACAACGUAAGAACAAAUUAUUCAUAUUCUUCAUAAUUGGCGUAAAUAUACCACCAUUUAGAUCCAAAGCAUGAAUAAUGCACAGACCUGAGAGAAGGAUGGUUCAAAUGAUUUCAGAUUAAAUGCUAUUAAUGUCAACAGAGGGAAAAAAGGCAGUAGGCAAAAGAGACUAUUGUUUGAUGUGAGAUAAAGCUAUUACUGAAUUUUGUGAACUUUCACACUCUCCACAAAAAACAUAUGACUGUGGCUAUCACAAGUUCCAACCACAACACCCACUAAAUGUGUGCUUCUAUUUUCAGUCCUUGCCUUAGAAUAAGUCGUGUGCUCUCUAAGUUCAUUAUAAAGAAGUGUUCAGUAAUGGAGUGUAGCCAUGUAGUCGAACUAUUUCCCACUUCUACCUGCCUCCUGUCGUUGUCGUGGAAACGGCGAGGUGUAAACAAAGGAACAGAUGGUAGCAAAUCUUGGAGGUGUAGAGACAAGUCUGUGUUCUUUCUCCAGCUCCAUUAAGUCAAGUAGUUCCGCUAACCCACACUAAUUUGAUUCGUUUCUGCAGAGCUGCUUCGUGUUCUGCGAUUCAUUAGCAAACAAUAACUGCUAUUGUAAGGUUUUUUGUUGAGCUAUGAGGUAUCAAAAGUAUUACUUAUUUAUGGUUUCAAAAACAUUUUUUUCCAUGUCAUGCCAUGCAACAGACUCGCGUUCCUACACAAUUGCAUGACAAGUUGCAUGAAAGCAUUGCA